GCCCUGGGGCCGGCGUGCCAGCGCCCUCGCCCUGGGACGCCUGCGAGCAGCGCCUGCGGGCCGUGCGCGACGACCCGCGCAGCGCGCGACUGAGGCGGAACGCGUCUGGGAAGGACACGCGCCCGCUGCGCAAGCGCCUCGGCGGCCUCAGCACCGAGGCCGACGACCAGGACCCAGCCACGACGCUGGUCCGGCCCAGCAUGCGUGUGAGGACGUGUCCUCCGUCGGCGCGGUGCGCCGGUAGGCUGAGCACCGACGACGUGCUGAUCGUGCCCGAUUUCCUGUGCGCCGAGGGCGACCUCUCCCUCUACUAUCGAAGGGAGGAAAAUGAGGUCCGCGAGGCACAGUCCAGCGGCAGCAAGGACUCCAGGUGGCGCGCGUGGAAGGAUGGCUGUCACCUCGUCUCCAAGACGGACCCCGAGACUGUGCCGUCGUACCAAGACGUACUGCACCGAAUCGCCACGUAUUUUGACAUGGACAGGAGCUCGAUGUACGCGAGGUUCAACUGGUACGUGGACGGCGCGGACUGGAAACCGCUCCACCACGACACCGCCCAGUUCAGCAAGCGCAGAGCUGGCAAGCAGAAUAUCACGGUGGGCGUCUCGCUCGGGUGUGAGCGAGAGCUCGUCUUCCGCCACGUCGAGAGUGGGCUGCGCUGCUAUUUUCCCCAGUUUAUGCCAUACCGUUCUUUGCCCGCUAAUCAUCGUCUGGGGCUGGGCUGCGUGCGCGGAUGA